AUGAGCAUGGAACCAUCUUGGGUCGUAACUUGCGACUCGGGUUGGUCCAUGGAAGAAGCAGCAGCUGCGUGGAGUAGUGAGCAUAGGAUUAGCUUCCAAACAUCCCUGCCUAGCCAUAGUGAUAGCCAUAGCGGAGUGCAGCAGCAGGUGGUUGAGUAUGCAUCCCCAUCCCCAUCCCCAGUCCCAGCCACACACGAUAACAACCGUAGUUAUCCUAUCCAGGUGUUCAAGGAAGCAGUGGAAGAGUUCAAUGCCAACUAUUCUAAAAUUAUGGCACAGAAGAUGCACAGAUUCCCUCCAAGCCUGGUAGAUGUCGAUAUACGGUACAGGGAGCCGGUGACUGUGGCCAUCGGCCCUAUCCACCAUGCUCGUCUCUCGUAUGUCGAGGGCGGUCUCUCGGAGGCGGAGAGCGUGAAGCAUGUGGCGGCCGACCAAUGCAUCGCGCACUCGAGCCGCUCACUCGAGGAGAUGUACACUAAGGUCUCCUCAGUGUCAGGCUUGGCCCGCAGACUCUACCACCCUAGUGAUGUGGUGAAAUUCGGCCACCGCGACGAUUUUGUGCCGAUGAUGUUCUUUGAUGCUUGCUUCUUGGUGCAGUUCAUGCGUUGGCAUUAUCUCCCCGACAAAGGCAUGCACCACGCCCUGAACAGCUAUUUCUACGCCAACCGCGAGCGCAUCCGCACCGACAUCAUGAUGCUUGAGAACCAGAUCCCUUGGGUCGUGGUCAAAACCAUCUUAGACUUCAUGCCGCCAGCGCCCUUGGACUGGAGCUGUCCCUGGGAGGCGUUCGUCAAGGCGAUGAGAAGGGGCCUGAAAAACAAAAUCGGUCGUGACGACAACAUCGACGUACUUCCCGGCCAUCACCCGCCGCAUGUCCUCGGGCUCGUCUGGCACUACAUCGUGGGAAAUAAGAACCAAGACCCCCUCCCUCCCAACGACGAUGACGAUGAAGACCCCAUCCCCCCCAACGACGACGACGACGAUGAAGACCCCAUCCCCCCCAACGACAACAACAACGACAACGACAACGACAACAACAACGACAAUACCAACAACAAGCCCAUGGCAAUUUCUAUCACCGUUGACGAGCUUGCCGACAUCGGUAUCACUCUGCUACCCAAGGAAAAUGCAGGGCUAGUGGAGAUGCAGAUCGAAAAGAGAACUUGGUGCUUCUUCAAGGUCGCCAAACUCUUCGUGGGGCCCCUGUACCUGACCGAGGCAAAUGCGACAUGGCUCGUCAACAUGGCGGCCUUCGAGUCAUGCAAGACCCCAAAUUUCCUCCAUCCGAGUGUUCUUCCAAGCGAGUCUGCUGUCUGCUCCUACCUCCACCUCUUCGCCAUGCUGCUGGACCGGAAAGAGCACGUGCAUAACCUGCAAAAAAAAAAAGUCAUCGAAGGAGGAGGACUCACCAGCAAGGAGGCGCUUGAUUUCUUCACUUCCAUUGGCAAGAACAUGCGCAUCGGAUCAUUCUACGUCGACAUAAUAGUAGAUAUCCAUUACUACGACCUCCAAAAGUCAGAUUUGGCCAGGUUUAUCCACUACCUUGGGAGGAACAAGACUAAACUCGCGGGCCUGCUCUCCAUCAUUGCUGCAGUGGCCGGCAUAUUGUCGUCGCUCCAAGCUCUCAAGCCAAGCUAGUUAGGACGAGCCGGACAUGAUUCUAGUACC